AUGGCGGAGGUGGACGUCGUGUACGAGAAGACCCACCACCGGCACGAUCCCCGGUGGGCGGCGCGGGUGGGCCCGGCGGACGGCGGCGUGGCGCUGUGCGUGGCGUGCGUGGUGGAGCUGCUGGGGGACGCGGACGUGUCGCUCCUGCCUGCCCUUCUCCCUCCAGAGAUGCUGCACACCGUGGCGGACGCGGCCACUCUGGAGCAGGUGAUUCAAGUGCUGGUGCAGCUGCUGGCAGAGCUGAAGAGCGAGCAGUUCCUGGGCUUCGUGCUGGACAGGUGCGACAGGCAGCUGACCAGCACAGCCAGCCUGCGGGGCAGCCUACCCACGCUCACCUUCCUGGGGAAGCUGAUGGGCGCCGUGCCGACGCUCCCGGCGGCUCUGAGAGACAGGCUGUGCCGCCUGCUGCUCUCCGCCCUCUCGCACGCUCAGAGCAGAGAGCUGCACAUCAACUGCCUGGGUCUCCUGAAGCAGCUCCUGAGGUUCAGCGAUGCCGUGUCGGUGCUGAUGAGCUGGCCCAGCCCGGAGCACACCGCAGACAGCAGUGCCGGGCUCAACAAGCGGGAUAGCUCCCUGCCCCUCAUAUUCAAGAAGCUGCUGCUCAGUGGGGACGAGACCCUGCAGGUCGCCAGCUCCCAGUGCAUGGCGGCUGUCCUGGUCCACGCCCCCUGCCAGUACGCACCCCAGCUCAUACAGGCGGACAUCCCCGAGUUCCUGUUCGAGCGCCUCUCCUGCACCAGCGAGCUCCUGCUGUGGUCGGUGUACCGCUGCCUGCGGCUGCUGACCGAGGACGCGCUGUUCUUCUCCAAGUGCCACGCGGUCUACGGUAUUGAGCCUCUGAUCCGCAGCCUGAAGGAGGCGCUGCAGCUGAACAACCAGGAGAUACAGAGAGAGGGGCUGGUCUUGCUGACGGAGAUCCUGGACAGGCAGCCGGCGAGCAUCCAGCUGUUCUCCAGCUGCAGUGCAUUCAGAGAGGCAGCGGAGGCCGUGCGGAUGGGCGUCGCCGUGUCCAGCCUGGAGGUGGCCACGCAGGCCGCCUGCGCUGCGGCUGCCCUGCUCAGGCUGAACCACAUGGCCACUCCAGUUCAGUACUUUCAGCUGCAGGGCGUGAUAGAGGCAGCGAUGAGGAGGGUGGCAGACCUGCCCUGGCCGUCCGCAGCACCGCGCAGAGCUUGUCCCAGCGGCCAGGCCUGCAGUGCGGAAGAGUUCCUGCUCCAGUCGCUGGUGACUGUGCACACGGCCUGCAGGCUGGCGGAGCAGUGCGCCGGCGAGCCCUCUCUGAAGGAGAACGCCUUCACAGCCCCAGGCGGGCCGAGCGAAGACACCCUGGACACGUUCUCCCUCUUCCUGCUGGAGACCUGUGGUGCCAUCUGCAUCCCCGCGGUCACUAGCCUGUGUGAGAGGGGCCCCAGUGCCGCAGUGCUGCAGGUCUUCUUCUCUAUCCUCAGCGCCCAGUACACCCUCGUUCCCAGCAUGAUGCACCAGUUCUCCGCCAGACUGGCAUCGUGCUCGUUCUUCAAACUGACGGUGGAGCUGAAGGCUGCUUUCUGUUCAGGACAGAGGAACACCCCUGUGAAUGCAGCCUGUUCCGAGCUGCUGCAGAGGAUGUGUCUGUGUCUGCUGUCUGACCAGGACACAGCGGAGACUGCUCAGCAGGACCUGCAGCAGGUGGGCAGGGUGCUGGCGAGGAGCCUGCCCGGCCUGUGCGCCCGUCUCUCGGAGUGGCCGGACCUGCUGCGCGAGGACCCCGGACCCGCGGGCACCGCGCGCCAGGGGCCGAGAGCCGCACAGUACACCCUGCUGCUUCUGCUGCACCUGGCUCUCCUGCACCGCGACCGGCUCCUGCCGGACGAGGCCCUGUUCCCGGCCGUGGUGACCCUGCUGGGCUCCCUGCAGGAUGGGGGUGACUGCCCCCCGGCCUGGGCCCUCAGAGCCGCCCUCUUCCUGCUGUCGGCGACCCAGGACAGGAGCCCCGCCCUGGACGGGGCCUCUGUGCACGCCAUCAGGAAGGCCCUGUCAGCGGCGCCCACCUUCUCCUCUCUCUACACCCACCACCCCGCCGUCCUGCACUUCCUCUUCCGCUACCCGGAGCUCACCGAACAGUUCGGGCUGCCCGCGCUCGAGAGAUCUCCACAGCCUCCGGGCCCGAAGGAGCAGCAGGCGGUCCGCAGUCUGCUGGACACUCUGCAGGCGCUGGCUCCCUCGCAGAGCAGCCACAGGGAGACGCUCUGUGUCGGGGGGGUGUCCGUCUGCCUGUCCCACUUCCAGGUGAAGACCCGCGCGCGCUGA